AUGCGGGGGGGCAUCUGGGUAGCAUGGGACUCGAACCUGAUUACUAUCGAUGAAGUUGACCGCUCCAGUCAAUUUUUCCAUGUUAAAGCGGUGUCGGAGAGUAAAAGUUGGGUUUUAACAGCUGUGUACGCCAAUCCAGCUCUGAUACAAAGAAGAGAAUUAUGGCAGGCAAUUAGAGUGUCGGCGGAGGAUAUGGUGGAACCGUGGUUACUAGUGGGGGAUUUUAACUCCAUCCUCCAGCCUGUGGAUAAAUUGGGUGGUGCUCCUUUCAAUGCGUCUGGAGCUCGUGAGUUUCAGGAACGUGUGCUGGAUGCUGGCUUAGUGGAUUUGGGCUUUAUAGGGCCGCCAUAG